GCGGCGCGUGCGCGCGGCGUCGGUGUGUAUGUGAGGCUCUGACGGGUUCAAAAUGGCGGCGGCGGCUCCUGUAAGAGGACAAAGGCGCAGGAGAGACCUGGAGGAAGAGGACGAAGACAGCAGUCCUGGCGUGUCCUUUUCGCUCUCUUCAGAGGAGUCAGAGAUGGAGCCUGAGGAAGAGCGGAUCCGUUACAGCCAAAGACUGCGUGGCACGAUGAGGCGGCGUUACGAGGACGAUGGAAUCUCCGACGAUGAAAUUGAAGGGAAGAGGACAUUUGACCUCGAGGAAAAGCUGUCCACCAACAAAUUUAACUCCACCUUUGUGGUCUUCAUGGAAGGCAAAGACUUCACAGUUGAGUAUAUCCAGCGGGGUGGCCUGAGGGACCCUCUCAUCUUCAGGAGCUCGGACGGCCUGGGGAUAAAGAUGCCGGAUCCGGACUUCAGCGUGAAUGAUGUGCGGCUGUGUGUCGGGAGCCGACGGAUGGUGGAUGUCAUGGAUGUGAACACACAGCGGGACAUCGAGAUGUCCAUGGCCCAGUGGGCGCGAUACUACGAAACGCCAGAGGAGGAGAGGGAGAAGCUUUACAAUGUCAUCAGCCUGGAGUUCAGCCACACCAAACUGGAGAACCUAGUGCAGAGACCUGCCACGGUGGAUUUGAUUGACUGGGUUGAUAAUAUGUGGCCCAGACACCUGAAGGAGAGUCAGACAGAGUCUACAAAUGCUAUCCUGGAGAUGCAGUAUCCCAAGGUGCAGAAGUACUGUCUGAUGAGUGUCAAGGGCUGCUACACAGAUUUUCAUGUGGACUUUGGUGGCACUUCUGUGUGGUACCACAUCCACCGAGGGGGAAAGAUCUUCUGGCUGAUCCCUCCUACACCCCAGAACCUGGAGCUCUAUGAAAACUGGCUUCUCUCAGGGAAGCAGGGAGACAUUUUUCUUGGGGACAGAGUUUCGGAGUGCCAGCGCAUCGAGCUCAAGCAGGGCUACACCUUUGUCAUCCCCUCAGGUUGGAUCCAUGCUGUGUACACUCCCAUGGACACGCUGGUUUUUGGGGGCAACUUCUUACACAGCUUCAACAUCCCUAUGCAGCUUCGGAUCUACAGCAUUGAAGACCGCACGCGGGUCCCAAAUAAGUUUCGUUACCCCUUCUAUUAUGAGAUGUGUUGGUACGUGCUGGAGCGUUACGUGUACUGCAUCACCAGCCGCUCACACCUCACCAAGGACUUCCAGAAGGAAUCGCUCAGUAUGGACAUGGAGCUGAGCUCCUCGGACUCGGUGAACAUGGAAGAGGAGGAGGAGGAGGACGAGGAGGAGGAUGCAGCAGGGAAGGAGCCCAGGCGGCCGGUCACGAGGCGGUCCAUCCUCACCAGCCCCAUCGCCAAUGGUGCCAAUGUGGACUAUGAUGAACUGGGCAGGAGCUGCCGGAGCAGCCUGCCGGGUCUGAAGAAGACCCCAUCCAUAGACUCUUCCGACUCCAGCCGGGGCUCCCAAAACGGCCAGGCCUGGGACCCCACCGGGGGCAGCCCACGCAAGAACAGGAAGGUGCACCUGACGCAGUUCGAGCUGGAGGGGCUGCGCUGCCUUGUGGACAAGCUGGAGUCGCUCCCUCUGCACAAGAAGUGUGUUCCCACUGGCAUCGAGGAUGAGGAUGCCCUCAUCGCUGACGUCAAGCUGCUGUUGGAAGAAUACGCAAACAGCGACCCCAAACUGGCACUUACAGGCGUCCCCAUCGUCCAGUGGCCCAAGAGAGAUAAGCUGAAGCUCCAGGCCCGGCUGCGGGUGCGCCUGCCCACCAUCCCCAUCACCAAGCCUCACACCAUGAAGCCGACCCCGCGCCCAACACCCGUCAGGCCCACGGUCUCUCCCAUCGUGUCGGGCGCCAGGCGGAGGCGGGUGCGGUGCCGAAAAUGCAAGGCUUGCAUGCAGGGCGAGUGUGGCAUGUGCCACUACUGCAGGGACAUGAAGAAGUUCGGCGGGCCUGGCCGCAUGAAGCAGUCCUGCGUCCUCCGGCAGUGCUUAGCGCCCAGGCUGCCUCACUCGGUCACAUGUGCACUUUGUGGCGAGGUGGAUCAGAAUGAGGACUCGCAGGACUUUGAGAAGAAGCUCAUGGAGUGCUGUAUCUGCAACGAGAUCGUUCACCCUGGCUGUCUGCAGAUGGAUGGGGAGGGGCUGCUCAACGAUGAGCUCCCCAACUGCUGGGAGUGCCCCAAAUGCUACCAGGGUGACGACACAGAGAAGGGCCAGAAGCGGAAGGUGGAGGAGAGCGACGAUGACACGGCACAAGCCAAGGUGCUGCGGCCCCUGCGGAGCUGUGAGGAGCCCCUGACCCCACCGCCCAACUCUCCCACCCCGAUGCUGCAGCUGAUCCACGACCCGGCGUCCCCGCGGGGCGUGGUGACGCGCUCAUCCCCCGGUGCCGGCCCCAGCGACCACCACAGCGCCAGCCGGGACGAGCGUUUCAAGCGGCGGCAGCUGCUGCGGCUCCAGGCCACGGAGCGAACCAUGGUGCGGGAGAAGGAGAACAACCCCAGCGGCAAGAAGGAGCUGUCGGAGGUGGAGAAGGCCAAGCUGCACGGCUCCUACCUCACCGUGACGCUCCAGCGCCCCACCAAAGACGUCCACGGCACUUCGAUCGUCCCCAAGCUCCAAGCCAUCACGGCCUCCUCCGCCAACCUGCAGCACUCGCCCCGCGUGGUCGUGCGCCACGCGCCCGCCAGGAUGCCCCUGCGGAGUGGGGGCGAGGAGGAGGCGGCUGCUGAGGAGGAGGAUGAGGAAGAGGAGGAGGAGGAUGAGAAUGCAGAGGAGGGGGGGGCGGCCCGGCUGAACGGCCGCGGGGGCCGGGCGCAGGAGGACGAGGAGAGCUGCAUGCAGAGAGAGGUCUGGAUGUCCGUCUUCCGCUACCUCACCCGCAGGGAGCUCUGCGAGUGCAUGCGGGUGUGCAAGACCUGGUACAAAUGGUGCUGUGACAAGAGAUUGUGGACAAAGAUAGACUUGAGCAGGUGCAAGUCCAUCACCCCCCAGGCGCUGAGCGGCAUCAUCAAAAGGCAGCCGGUCAGCCUCGACCUCAGCUGGACCAACAUCUCCAAAAAACAGCUUACGUGGCUCGUCAACAGGCUGCCAGGCCUGAAAGACCUCAUCUUAGCGGGCUGUUCCUGGUCUGCGGUCUGUGCUCUCAGUACCUCCAGCUGCCCCCUUCUCAGGACCCUCGAUCUUCGGUGGGCAGUAGGAAUCAAGGACCCUCAGAUCCGGGACUUACUCACGCCUCCAACAGACAAACCCAGUCAGGACAAUCGCAGCAAACUCCGCAACAUGAUCGACUUCCGGCUCGCCGGCCUGGACAUCACCGACGCCACGCUGCGCUUGAUCAUCCGCCAUAUGCCCCUGCUCUCCCGCCUCGACCUCAGCCACUGCAACCACCUCACGGACCAGUCGGCCAACCUCCUCACCGCCGUGGGCUCCUCCACACGCAACUCCCUCACCGAGCUCAACAUGGCAGGCUGCAAUAAGCUGACGGACCAGGCCUUGCUGUACCUGCGCCGCAUCUCCAACGUCACCCUAAUCGACCUGCGAGGUUGCAAACAGAUCACCCGCAAAGCCUGUGAGCACUUCAUCUCGGACCUGUCCAUCAACAGCCUCUACUGCCUGUCCGAUGAGAAGCUGAUCCAAAAAAUCAGCUAGAGACCCUCCCCGGGGCAGACUGAGGAGAAGGAAAAGAGCCCAUCCCACCCCUCUCGGAGAGCCGCUCCUCCACCUCCCCACCUUGCCCUCCGUGUCCUGCCUCCCACCUGACUCGGCAGGCAGGGCCGCUGCUCCACUGUCCUUCCUCCUCCUCCUUCCCCGGGACUUCUGCCGAGGAAGAUGUCCCGCCAGGCUGGCCAGUACCAGAGGAGGAACGGGCACAUGGCAGGGAGCCUCAGCCCGGAGGCUGGCCGCUCCCAGGGUGGAGCUUGUAACAGAGGUCUCUGUGCAGAGAAAUGGGGCACCCUCUUCCCCCAGCUUUUCCCCUUCCUUCCCAUCGUCUCCUUGCCUUGAAACACUUGUCACUUCCGCGGUAGCACAAAGCUUGAGGGUCUCUCCAAGGAAGCGGGAGCAGAGCCGAAACACCCCAUACCCCUCUGUGCCACCACCAGCUCGGCGCUUGCCCUGCGCUCUCACGCCCUUUCUCUUCCCCUCAUCUGGCUGCAGGGACUGUGAUACAUCCCCCUCCUUCUCCCGCCGCUUCCACACAUCCGGGCGGCUCUUUGGGUGCCGAGGGCAGGAGCCCCGUGGCUGGGGUGUCACCAGGAGCAGGGGCUUUGAGAGCCCGGGGGGGCGAGGCUGGGGGAUAACUCGCUUCCACUCUGGGACAGCAUCAGCCUUCCCGUCUGUCCGAGGGGAUGGAGCAGGGGAGAACCCACAGGUACAUCAGAGCUCAGGGAGGACUCGGGAAGCAUCAGCCAGGGGUGAGUGAGCACAUGGGGGGGACAGGAGCUGCCUCCUCUUCCUCCCCAGCUCCCGGCACCGUGAAGCACUCUGGGGCCGGAGGGGCGAGGGCUGUUCCAUGGCCCGGGACCGAACUGGCACGGCCACCCCCCUGCAUCGUCCUCUCCUUCUCCCACCCCCCUUUUCGCUGCCGAUUUUCCUUUGCAAUGAAUGGUCGGUCCAAAGAACCUCUCUCUAGGGCAGCAGAGAGCUUUUUGCACUUUAAAAAAAAACAACAAAAAAACCAACAAAAAAAAACAAAACAAAA